AUGGACGGCAAUCGCUUCGAGGGAUGGUUCGGCGACGUGCUGCAGAAGUUGCCAGCUGGUAGUGUCAUUGUUUUGGACAAUGCACCUUACCACUCCCGGCGAGAAGAGAAAUUGCCGACGACGUCCUGGAAGAAGGAAAACAUACAAGAGUGGCUGAAUAGCAAGGACAUCGCCUACAGCGCGACGUUAGUGAAGAGGCAGCUGCUUGAGUUGGUGGCAUCUGUGAAGCCACGCUUUCUCAGCUACAUCAUAGACAACGCAGCUGCAAGGGCCGGUUGCGUUGUGCUCAGGCUCCCGCCGUACCACUGCGAAUUCAAUCCCAUUGAGCUCGUGUGGGCAAAGGUGAAAAAUGGUAUCGCUGCGGACAGCCGAGACUUUAAGCUGUGCACUGUUGAAGACAUCCUGAGGGAAAAAAAUCAAGAACGUAACGGCGGAAGACUGGAGGAAGAACAUCCGCCCAUCGUCAUCCAACUGGAGGAAGAUGACACUGAAGAAAGCGACUCUGACUGCGAGCUGUCCGGCAUUGAGCCCCUCGAGGAAGCUUAA